AGCAGGAAGAUUAAGAGUCAGCGAUGAUUUGUGGUGCCAUAAUCAGUGCGGCCUUCCGCCCUUUUCUCGUGUUUUCCUCUCAAGCACAGCUGGGAGCGUUGCUUCACUUUGUACCCAACGUGGUUAACACAGCCUCUGAAAUUAGGAACGCAAAACUAGCAAAUGGAAACCACUGCAUUUCCUGUCAGUUCUACAGACAUUAGAUCAAAUCCAGUUCUUUUAUUUAGCCCCUGCUCCACAGAAGUCAAGAUGGUGUUUUAUUCAACAUAAAUCUCACAUAAGACCCUAGGAUGCCCUACCAGUGUCUCUCCUCUCUCUAUCCUGUCUCAUGCAGACAUUUGUUGUGCUUUCUUAAUUGGCAAAGCAAUUACUGGCUCCCUUCCCAGUCAUGUUCCAGCAUGUGUCUACUUGUGUUUCUCUGUGGCACUGUCCAGAGUUUAUGUUUAGAGGGAAAUGAUAGGUUACGCUGCACAGUUAUGAGCUUUAACUGCCACUUAAGGCAAACACAAGGGGUUCAGCUUUCUUGCUUUUUUUUUUCUGUCUGAUUUUACUUUAUUUUCUAAUUCAAACGUAUGCAGCAAACGUGAACUUAUGACUUCUGUUUAUGAGUGUGAUACCUCUGUGUUAAACUGACCUGUACAGUUUUGGAAAUGAGUGAACGUGGUUAAGAUUUCUUCAUCUGUGACAUUGUGUGGUCGUUUCAUUCAGAACCAUGUGAGUUUUACAUACAUUUCACCCGUAACUAAAGUGGUGUUCCCUCCUCCACCCAUAAAAUUGUUUUUUUUUUUUCCUUCAGCUGACUCAUUUUGCAUCCCCUAAAGUUACAGCGUGUCCGCUCGGCCAAUAAAUAGCUAGAGGAAGCCUCUGCCCGGGCAGAUCAUAGCGCAGCGCAGUAGCUCCAGUUCCACUCUCAUCUCGCUCUCAGGCUGACACCAUGUGGAUCCCAGCCACUGCUCUUCUGCUCCUCACCUGCAGUCUCUGGCCAGCCGAGGCUCAGAGCAUCUGGGACGACCCCAUCACUUUCAAGACCAAGGCUGGGGACAAGUGCACCAUGAUCCUCACGGGCCAAGGGGAAAACAUAAAGCUGAGGCUGUCGUGCCACGGCAGCCGGCGCUCCUACUGGUGUGAGUAUGUGGGGAAGCCUCACACCUGCCCUGCUUUCAACAAAAACCCCAGGCACUACUUUGUCCAGAUGAUGUGGACGCUCAGAAAGCAGACAAAUGCCUGUCAGGGUCCCAGAGAGCUCAAGCCUCACAUGUGCAGGAAGGCGACGGACGAGUCUCGGAUGAUCUUCUCAGCUGGUCCUUUCCUACGGUCUCGGCCGCCAGCGAAGCCAUCAAAGCAGCCUGAAAGACCCCAAGGUUCACCUGCACACGCAAGACCGAACCAGACGGAGAAGGGACCUCUGAAAGCGGUCCGAGCAUCAGGGAGGAUCAGGCCCACGAAGAGAGCCGACCCACAGCCGACGACACCUCCAACGGAGAGCACUCGGAGGAGUAUGGCUCGGCAGUACUGCUGGAGGUCCCUGCAGGGCGUCUGCUCCUUCGUAAUCGGUUGGUUUAGGAAUUAACGAGCAAAGAGUGUGCUGAGCUGCUGACUGAAGCCACCACUGGAGGAAAACACUCUAUGCCAGCCAUUUGUUUCUAAACACAUAUAGCGCCCUCUUACGGAGACUGACUGGUACUACAGGUUUUCUUUUCCAAAAAAGAAUUUUAUUCCUCUGAUUCCUGGAGGAAUUUCAACAGCUUCUUGUAUGUUUUGCAUUAACUGGAUCUGCAUGAAACAGGAUUAGGUUUGUUAUUUUUAUGAUAUUAUCUUGUGUCAUUAUCUUGAAUAUUAUUCUAACAGCCAGAAUUCAUGUUGGACA